CUGUCACGUGACGGUGUGAGGGCUGGUUGGUCUGGGCGACAGUGAGGUUGCGACCGAGCACCACCACCACUGCUUCUCCUCCGCUGGCUGGACAAACAUGUUAGACCCAUACCGUCUUCUCGCUCUUAUCGCCAGCCAGUCAUUCGUCCAAAACCCUGUAGCCCACGGUUUGGAGUACUUACCAAGAUUUGAAGCUGGCUUGCACAAAGAAAUGACCUGAAGAGUGAUCCAUCGCAUCCACCACCACACAAGAAAGACAGAAGGACGCGCAACGGAACGCACGCCCCUACUCAUCGACCAUGUCCCAGUCUGAGAUGUGUGUGUCUGUGUGGGACUGGCUGUGUGCCCUGCGUCUGGAGCAGUACUGCGACGCCUUCCAAGACUUCGGGCUGCUGACGCUGGGGCAAUGCCAGAGCCUCUCUCUGGAACAGCUGGAGAGUCUGGGAGUCACGCUGCCGGGACACCGGCGACGCAUCUUGGCCAGCCUGCACAAGUCCCAGUCCCCUACCCACCCUCCUCCCCAUCAGCAGCCAGACACACAGGGCUCCCCGAGGCCCCGUCCCAACCAAGCCGUCGCGGCGGAGGAGGUGGCGGCGCAACAGCAGGGGAGGGGAGCAGCCCUGUGCCCCAAGCCGCCCCAGAGGGAGAGACCCGUGCCCGUCCCGCCCGAUAGAGAGAGGCCCGUCCCAAAGGAGAGGAGGGAAGUCCUGCCUGUCCCCAGAGAGAGGCCGAGGCCUACCCCCCGGGAGAGGGCCGCACGCUCCUCGGAGAGGUCCGGCUCGGAGGAAGGGAGGGGGGACUCCGGGGAGGAGGGGAGGACGCCCCGGCUGCAACGGGAUAGGCCGAGAGCCCGGACAGUCAACGAGGCAGAUGGAGGGCCGGAAGAGGGGAGGCCAAAGCCCGUGCCCAGGGAGAGGACUAAGCAUAGCGCCUCUUGCCCUGAAGAUACCGGCAGCGACCCUGCCUUGCCCCCCAUCCCCCCAAGGAGCACCCCCAACCGCCCACCUCAGCGCUUCACCCUCCCCACCCCCAGCCCCCCCGUCCCGGUCCCCGCUGGCUCAUCUCCAACCCCCAGCAGCAGGACCCCUCCGCCCCCCGACGUUCCCAGCAGGAGCCAGGGCCCCAGCCUUCACACCACCCCCACCCUCCAGACCCCUCCCCCCAUCACACAGACGGCCGUCCAGCCUCCUGGUUCCCCCGCCCCCCCGCCCUCCCCCCUUCCACGCCCCAAGACAUUGGCUCUGCUCCCCCCACUCGCUCCUCGGAGGGGGGCCGGCGGCGAAGGGAGAAGGACUUCGCCCGCCUCUCCCGCCACCACCCCGCCUUUACCCCGCUCCUGCUUGUCGUCAUCCACUGCCUCCUCUGCAUCCUCCUCCUCCUCCUCCACCUCCACCUCCCCUUCCUCCCACUACUCCCUACCACCAGAGUUGAAGGCCGAGAUUGUUGCCCCACCCCUGCCUCCUAAAGCCAGCCCGGCUCCGGCAGCAUCCCAGAUGUCCUGGCCCCGGGAGAGGGUGCAGCUCUCCAGGUUUCGGCGUGGCCACAGCCCCGUCCAUCCAAGAGUGGCCUCGUCCGAUGACCCAGCGCCCGCCGCCUUGCCCCGCGCCAGGACGCCCAAGACACCCGAAGACCCGUCCCCGCGCCUGCCGCUGGAUCCUCAGCAGCCUGAGGUGUUGACGAGCGCACAGCCAGCCCUGCCAGCCCUGCCGGCCAGAGACCUCUGGCGGCCCCCUUCCAUCACUGCAUCAAAACAGGACAGUUCUGAUGACUCUGAUUAUACAGAGCCAUUUAUCCCAAGUAGCCUUUUAGUUAACUCACCAGACAAGGAUAUGUUACUGCCCGUGCCAAGGCAGAAAAAGCGUAUCAGUUCAUUGUGCAGCGAUGACGAGCUACUGGAUGACGACGAGUCAAAUGCUAACCAUCGUGACUCAUGGUUGGACUACGAGCCUGUGUCAACACAAGGCAGUCUUUAUCUGCCAUCCUGCGGCCCAUUGGGCCUGCCUCCAAAAGAAGACUCCGCCCACCAGAGCGCGGUCAUUAAAAUGGGCUGGCUGGACAAGAACCCCCCGCAGGGGGCCCUCUAUUACCAGAGACGAUGGGUCAAACUUGAUGUGGACUACUUGAGAUACUUUGACAAUGAGAAGGAGGUGUACUCCAAGAGGAUGAUUGCAACAGCUGCCAUCACAAAAGUCAUGUGUGUGGGAGAGCUCAAGUUUGAGGUGGUCACCAACAACCGCACCUUCCUGUUCCGGGCAGAGAAUGAAGUUGAGAGGAACGACUGGGUUGCUGAUCUGCUGGACUGCACCAGGGGGCGCCGUCGCAUUAGCACUAUCAGCACAGGCUCAUCUGUGACCACUGAGUGUUAUAAGGGCUACCUGGAACUCCGAGGCUUACGCUCCAAACUCUUCACUGUCGUGGCCUCAGAUAAAGUCUUCCUCUACAAGAACAUUGAGGACUACCACAUAGGAAUGGGCAUAACGUCCAUAGACAUGAACGUGGGGAACGUUAAGGACACCGACCGGCGUAGCUUCGACCUCACCACGCCCUACCGCAUAUUCUGCUUCACGGUGGAGUCAGAGCAGCUCAAGGAGCAGUGGGUCGAGGCCAUGCGCACCGCCAUAGGGGAGGCCCUGUCCAAUAGCGAGGUGGCUGAGCGGAUCUGGGCGGAGCCUAGCAACGGAUGCUGUGCCGACUGCGGCGCGGCGGGUCCCGACUGGGCGUCCAUCAACCUGUGUGUGGUGGUCUGCAAACGCUGCGCAGGAGAGCACAGAGGACUGGGUCCCAGCAUCUCUAAAAUUCGUAGUCUGAAAAUGGACCGGAAAGUGUGGACAGAGGAUCUCAUACAGCUGUUUUUGUUGCUAGGCAACGAGCGGGUCAACGCGUUCUGGGCCGCCAACGUGCCGCCCAGCGAGGCCCUGGCGCCCUCUAGCUGCAGCAGGGAUAGGCGGAGCUUCAUCGGCAACAAGUACCGCCAGGGAAAGUACAGGAAGUACCACCCGCUGUACGGCAAUCAGAGGGAACUGGACAACGCGCUGUGUAUCAAUGUGCAGUGCAGUGACGUCCUGGAGACACUGAGCCUGGUGUUCUGCGGUGCCGAUGUGAACGGUCCGACCGGCAUUGCCGACUGCCCCUCGACGUUUUCCCUGGCCACGGCUCACGGCCAGCCCCUGCAGGCCGAGUUCCUCAGCCACAACCUCAACACAGAGCUGCCCCGCUCCGAGGUGGGCGGGGCCAUGGAGACGGUGCACUAUGCGCCCUCGCCGUCCGUCUCCCACAACGGCUUCCUGUACAAGACGGGCUCCAUGGCACGUGCCAUCGCAGAGAAGAAGGGCAGAGAUGAGUUCAGUCGUCGCUGGUGCACACUGAACGACGGAUGCUUCAGUUACUACGAGAGCGACAAGAACUCCAGCCCCAACGGGACGCUGAAGGCAGCCGAGAUAGUGUGUCUGGCGGUCAGCCCCCCUGAGAAACACGGGUACGACCAUACCUUUGAGCUAUACUCUGACUCAGACCGCCUCUAUUUGUUCGGCACCGAUGACCCGGAGAGUCAUAGGGAAUGGGUCAAGUCCCUCGCCAAGACCUUCAUCCCAGCCAAUGCAGACCCUCUGCUGAGGUUGGGCUUCGAGCGGAUUGGUCGACUCAAAUACAAAGAUGGGUUGAACUUGCAGACGCCCAAGGUUGGGUGGUUCGCUCUGGUGGGCUCCACACUUUACGCCUACCUAGACAACAGCCAGGGAGAGGAGAUCCAUCUGCGCAAACUCCUCGAGCUCUCAAUCCAACAAGACAAUGAGGUGCUGGUUCUGGUGGAGAGGGGCAGGACUCUGUACAUGGAGGGGGAGAGGAAGCUGGACUUUGCCGGCUGGUGCUCUGCCAUCCAGAGCGCUGCGGGCAGCGGCGGGGACACCCUGAGUCAACAGCAGCUCACGGACACGGACAUACCCGUCAUAGUGCACAGCUGCAUCGGAUACAUCACCCAGUGCGGGCUGACCUCGGAGGGAAUCUACCGCAAGAGCGGGGUGAACUCGCGCGUGGCGGCGUUGUGUGACGAUUUCCGCCGUGACGCGCGCAGCAUCUGCCUCCGGGAGGGCGUGCACCAGGUGGACGACGUCAGCAACGCCCUCAAGCGCUUCUUCAGGGACGUGGAGGCGGGCCUGUUCACCCCCGAGGCCACCGCCGCCUGGCUGAGCACCGUGGCCCUGCCGGAACACAGCCAGAAGAUAGCCCAAUACCAGCUGCUGCUGAGCAGACUGCCCUGUGUCAACAAGGCCACUCUGACAGCCCUGGUGAAACACCUCUACUGUGUGCAGCGGUUCUCGGAGCUGAACCAGAUGAACCUCCACAACCUGGCCAUAGUGUUUGGUCCCACGCUGUUCCAGACCGACGGCAAGGACUACACAGCUGGCCUGGUCAUCGAGGGCCUCAUAGAACACUACACGCGCAUCUUUGAGGUGGAUGAGCAGCAGUUGAAGAAGCAACUGGAUGAGAUCACAGCCAUCAUCAAAGUGCGAGAGAGCUGUAAUACAAAAGUCCCUACAAAUGGCUCUGGGGAUUUUAUCUGCACCGUGUACUUGGAGGAAAAGACUGAAACAGCUGAACAGCAUGUAAAGAUCCCUGGCUCCAUGACAGCGGCAGAGCUGACCUGUGAGAUCCUGGACCGGCGGAAUAUUCCCAUCAAGGAGAAGGACUACUGGAGCUGCUGGGAGAUUAGUGUGAAGGAGGAGAUUGAACGACCGCUGCACUAUCAGGAACGGGUGUUGGCCAUGCUGCACUCACUAGGAACGGACUCCUACCUGCUCAUCAAGAAGCAUCUCGCCAUGGAGAUAAUGAAGGUCUACCUGGCCACUAAAGUGGACGUGGCCAAAAACGGAUUGAUGAAGUUUAGAGAAGAGCGCAGCAUCCUGGGCCUGGGAGGCUUCAAUGAACGCUACUUCAUCCUCAACGCCAACACCCUGAGGAUGUACAAAGAAGUCAGGAGUAACCGGCCUGAACGGGAUUGGUCGGUGAAGAGCUUGAGGAUCUACCUGGGCAUUAAGAAGAAAGUCCGUCCUCCUUCUAGUUGGGGCUUGACGAUGGUGUAUCAAAGUGAGAAACAGGAGAAGCCCGAAAGACAGCAGUGGUAUCUGUGCUGUAGCAGUGAGGCUGAGAUGACCGAGUGGUUUGCAACUUUCCUCAGUAUCCAGUUCGACGGGGACGUGUGGCCCGAGCACGGUGUGCAGCACCGCCGCAGCACCCGCCCGCCGCCGCCUGACAUUCGCCAUGGUAACGUGUCCCUGAUACCGCUGCGGGGCAGUGAGAAUGAAAUGCGGAACAGUGUGGCAGCUUUCAGCCAGGACCAGCUUGCUCUUUUUAGGGACAUUCGAUAACAGGACAGGAUAAAGUGGAGACAAUCAACCUCAUCUGAUGCCUUCCAAAGGUUCUGAUGUCGUCAUCAUCAUUCUGCGACUAUGGAUUCUAGACUGUGAGCCAGUACAGACACUGAUAUUUGACACUGCCGUCAUCUUGAAUGGAUUCAAAUUCUACAGAUAAACAAGCAACCCGGAUCAUGUGGAAGAAAAGGACCUACUAAAUGGUGCAUUGUAAAGGAGAGGAACCCAAUGCCCAUCCAAAAUGGCACCCUGCAAUCACGGCAGGUCGGAUUGGGGGGCGUAUAUCACUCCUUAACUUCAUGAAUCCUUCCAGCAGACCAUUAAAUGUUGCCUCACUGCCUUACAUUGUGUGAUGGAACAGGGGAGCUAUCUAACCCCUUGUGGUAUAUUUUUAUGAACCGAUGAAGUCAAGUUUCUGAAGCGCUAGCUUAGAUGUUUCUAACUCUUUGAAGGCUGCCUUUCAUAGUCUUUGAAAUAGAUGUUAUUAUUCAAAAAUCCAGAUGUAGACCUUUCAGAUUUAACAUUGUUUUUUGGUCGUAUUGUACUGCUCUUGUGCCAUGGUUUUCGUUGUAUUUCCGUGACUGCGAGAAGAGCUGUUCCGUGUCGUUGCCGGAACACCAAGUAGAGAGCAAUGGUCCGGACGGGCGUUCUGUCGUAAGGAGGCCUCGGGUCUAAAUAGGGACACAAGAGAAGGACGUCCAGGAGAUGCAGACCAUAGAUCAGGUCUCACCUCAUUAACGUGUCCCUUCUGUUCACCAUACACUGCAUAGACCAAUCGUCCAAUAAUCAUCUCAUCUGUGUCGACUGCUUCGGGAUUCAGAGCGUGUUUAUGUCAGUGGAGGACAUUUAACAAGACUGUGUGAGGAGGACGUGCUGGCAUCGUGCUGCACACUAAAUAGAAGUGAUUCAUCAAUAUAAAAAAAAAGGCAGAACGAGUGUGCUUUGGAUUACUCCCCCCCCCGCCCCCCCCGUUGUCGCCCAGCCCUCACGCUCGUUUCGAGAUGCCUUUCGAUGCAGUGACACGAAAGGCCAUCGAAGGACUGCAUGUUCUGCAGCUCACUGUUACAGAGCCCUAUGCAUCCAUUUCUUCUCUCUACAUUCGCACAAACGCACCUCAAAUAUGUUUAAAUAUAUAUUUGAUUGAUUUGUCUCAAAAUUGCACACCUUACCUUUGUUGUCAAAGUGUACUUUUCUUCUUUGAUAUGUUUGUACGUAGUGAAUAAAUUCAGAUUUGAUGCAGGACUUGUAAUCAAUGGUUGGUGCACCUUGACUGUUAGCUGUGCUUUGUUGUCUAGUUACAGUUACAGUUACAGUUCACUAAUUAAACAGCUGUUUAAUUAGUCAACAUUUGGCUCCCUCUUCCUGUCCUCAAAUAGUCAAAUACCAUUGACCUUUAUUUACAUUCAUAUUAAACAUAAAAAUAAGAUAUUCA